AUGGCGAUAAACAAAGGAGUACCAAAUCUGAAUUCUGGGCUAAAUACUAGAAAUCAAGUAAAUCUUGCAACUGGGAUUGAUUACAAUCAUCCCCUUUUCCUUUCCCCUGCUGAUGAACGAGUAAAUGCCAUUGUUCUAUCUUGGCUGAUGAACUCUGUGGCAAAAGGCCUUCUUGGAGGCAUUAUGUAUGCCUCCAGUGCUCAAACUGUUUGGGAAGACUUAGCUGAAAGGUUCAAUAAAGUUGAUGGCUCAAGAACCUUCAAUUUACAUAAAGAAAUAGCCACCUUAACUCAAGGGUCUGCAUCUGUCUCAGUAUAUUUUUCAAAACUUAAAGAUCUUUGGGAAGAAUUUGAGGCUUUGGUUCCUGCACCUGGGUGUGACUGUCCUAAAUCAAGGGAUUUUGUUACCUAUCUACAGAAGUUAAGGCUAUACCAGUUUCUAAUGGGGCUAAAUGAGUCCUAUUCACAAGCUCGGAGUCAAAUACUUAUGAAGACUCCUUUACCUACUGUGAAUCAAGCCUAUGCCUUAAUAGUGAGUGAUGAGAGUCAAAAAUCUGUAGCAGCUAAUUCUGGGAUUCUUGGAGCCAAUCCUGUAGGAAAUUUUGAAGUUGCAAUGUAUACUAGACAUGGUACAGGUGGUCAAGGCCAAAGGUUCAAGAAAAACUUCAAUGUUCGAUGUGAUUAUUGCAAGAUGAAAGGCCAUAUGAAAGAAAACUGUUAUAAACUUGUUGGAUAUACUCAAGAUCUCAGACAAAAGAAGCGAGGAGGAUAUAAUGCAGCUUAUAAUGUCAACAUUCUGAAUGAGAAUGUUGAUAAUCAAAAUCAGAAUUCUGAUGUGCCUACUGGUGCAUAUGGCAAGAAUGCUAGUGUUUUAAAUCAGUCUACCUGUGGAAGUCAGAUGUCUUACGGUCAAGGAUUGGAACCAGUUGCAAAUCAACUAGGAAAUUACACAUUCUCAAAAGAUCAAUAUGAUCAGAUUGUGCAGCUGUUGAACAAAGGAGUAAUCUCAACAGGCAGUAACAAUGAAGAUUCAACUGCCAAUGCAACAGGUACAGAUACUGAUACAACAUUGUUGGUUUCAAAUGGCUCACAGGAAUGGAUCAUAGACACUGGUGCAACAAAUCACAUGGUGUCUGAUACUAAUCUUCUAAAUGAGUCUACUAUAGUUCAGACAACCAAACCUAAGAAAGUUUUGUUGCCUAAUGGAGAUGUGUCACUAGUUACACAUACAGGGGCAAGCUCAAUUUCUGAUAAGAUCACUAUAUCUAAUGUCUUUCAUGAUCUCUUCACUGGGAAGGUGAGGGAGAUUGGUAAAGAAGUAAGAGGACUAUACAUACUACGUGUCAGAUUGGCAAGGAGUAGGCAAAGGGCUGAGUAUGCUGCAAAGGGAUUAACUGGAGGAGAAGCAAAUCAGAUCAAUGUGGAAUUAUUGCCUCAAAGAUUUGGACAUGUUUUUGUUAAGACUCAAUUUAAUAAGGUCAUCAAGGUUAUUAGAACAGACAAUGGCACAGAAUUUGUAAAUUCCUUGUGUGAGCAAUUAUUCAAAAACCUUGGGAUGAUUCAUCAUAGAUCUUGUGCUUACACUCCUCAGCAGAAUGGAGUAGCAAAAAGAAAGCACAGACACAUUUUAGAAAUAACAAGAGCUAUAAGACUGCAAGCUAAUAUUCCCAUAAGGUUCUGGGGUCACUGCAUUCUGGCUGCAGUAUACAUUCUUAACAGGUUACCUAGCUCAGUAAUUGCAAACAUAUCUCCUUAUGAAAGGCUGCAUAACAUGAAACCCUCUCUAAAUCACUUAAGAGUGAUAGGCUGCCUAUGUUAUGCUAAAGUAGUUCAGGAACAGGGCAAGCUAAUGUCUAGAACAAGGGUAUCUGUGCAUAUGGGAUAUUCAGAAGUUCAUAAAGGCUAUGUUCUAUAUGAUCUAGGGAAUAGGUCAUUCUUCAUCAACAGAGAUGUAAUAUUCAAGGAAAAUAUCUUUCCAUUUAAAAGAACUAAUUCUUCUUCAAUACCUAUAUUUAUAGACACUACAACAAAUGUAGGGUCAUACAUGGACAAUUCAGAAAUUUUUUUUGAACAAAGAGUUGAUACACAAGCUGAUGCAGGUCACAAUGGUGAUAAUUCAGGGAAUUCAUCUACAGCUAAUGACAUUACAGAAGAGAACUACAAUUCUGAGUCAAUGCAUGACUUUCAAAUAAUACAACUGAGGGGGAGGCGCAGACAUAUCAGAACAACCAUAGCACAACUGAUGGGGAGUUACAAGCACAACAGGACUAUUAGAACAUGUCUACUGUAG